GCAGCAAGCAUAAAUCCCAUCCAGCACCAGGUCAUCCUCCACCCACGUUCCUUUCCCAAUGACAUGACAGCAUAGCACAACCAGCGCCAACAUGAACACAAUCUUCAACGGCGCUCUCAAGCAGAGCACCUCGAUCCGCAAAGACCUAGCCAGCCUCCAGUCCUCGACCCCAACAGCGACAACAACAGAUGGCGCCCCGCCACAGACAACAUCCGCCGCAGCAGCCACAGCCAUAAGCCCCGCGGCCCUGGGCUCCCUCAGCGCCUCGCUGACCGCCUUCCAGCGCACCAUCGACGAGUACAACUCCCUCGCGCGGCAGGAGCUCAACCCGGCGAAACAGGAGAAGGCGUCCGAGCGCGUGCGCAACUUCCGCGCCGAGCUGGCGGCCUACCGCCGCGAGUUCGAGGCCCUCAAGGCCGCGCGCGACGAGGGCCUGCACGCCCGCGACCGCGGCGAGCUGCUGGGCCGCCGGCCCUACGCCGCCACGCCCGAGAACCCGUACGCCUCCUCCGGCGGCGGCGGGACGUCCAGCUCGUACGGGGGGUACGGGGGAGGGGGAGGGGGAGGUCACGCGCGCAACACGAGCACCGGCGGCGGGGGUGGGGGAUACGGGCUGGGCAGCAACGAUGUCACCCGUGAGGACCACGCGCUGCGGGAGCAGGACUUCUUCGCCAGCACCAACUCGGCGCUGGACGAGUACAUCGCGCGCGGCCAGGCGGUGCUGGGGGACCUCGGGGCGCAGCGCGAGAUGCUCAAGGGCACGCAGCGGCGGCUGUACUCGGUCGCCAACACGCUGGGCGUGUCCGGGGACACGAUCCGGAUGAUUGAGCGGCGCGCGCGGGAGGACAGGUGGAUCUUCUGGGCCGGCGUGGUGGUCUUCUUCUUGUUCUGCUGGCUGUGCCUGCACUUCCUGCGGUGA